GCCGUGGUGCAGAAGUCAGGAACAGCGACAUCCCACUUCGGAGCUCCCAUCUCCAACCCUCCAGCCCAUCCUGAAUCACUUAAACAGUCGGUCACUGUCGUCAAGAUGCGACCUCUUACAGAAGACGAGACGCGUACCGUCUUCGAAAAGAUUGCCAACUAUACCGGCGGCUCGCUGAAGAACCUCAUUGCGCCGCUACCGAACGGCGACCGGUUCGUCCUCAGAAUACAGAAGGAUCGCGUGUACUAUGUGCUCCUGUCGAUCGCGAAUCUCGCUACGUCCAUAGCCAGAGACAAGCUCCUCUCCGUUGGGACAUGUCUUGGCAAGAUUACCAAGACAGGAAAGUUCAGACUUCACAUCACAGCCCUCGACAUUCUGGCAAGCCACGCACGCUACAAACUGUGGCUUAAACCCAAUGGCGAAAUGCCCUUCCUCUACGGCGGACACGUAGUGAAGGCCCACGUUGGGAGAUGGUCGGAUGACUGCCCCGAGCAUCAGGGCGUAGUGGUGUACAACAUGCAGGACGUUCCUAUUGGAUUCGGUGUAACGGCUCGCAGUACGGCGGAGGCGAAACGGUUGGCUCCCACCGGAAUAGUGUGUUUCAGGCAGGCGGAUUGCGGCGAGUACGUCCGGGAUGAAGACAACCUGUUCACCUCAGGUUGAAGGCCCAUAGAGUGCUACGAAAAAGAGAUGAGAUGGUUGGACAUAGGUGCCGCUCCUGGGAGGAACUUGCAUGGCCGGCGUUCGAGGAGUAUCAAAACUAUCCAGAGGAAAGUACUGGCAAAAAUGUUUUUCAUAGUAACUUUGGCCAUUUGAGGCCAUGAUAUUUUCAUGAGUUUCUAGUUUAAUACUUCUCAUGUGUUGGCGUUAUGUCUGUGCUCUGAGUAGAUGGCAAAGCAUGUGCGGCAAAGUGACCACGUAUAUACCAAG